GCGCUAGUCCCGGCCGCGAACAAUGUUGUGAGUAGUGAUGAGUGUCAAAAUGUGCGGCUUGACUACGCUCCUCGGCGUGUGUGUCCUGCUACAGCUGGCGACCUCGGUGCAUUCUAAGGUGGACUGUGCGUCACGGAUCGCCGCAUGCUCAGAAAGAGCUCGACGUCCAGUGUGUGGUACAGACAAUAAAACAUAUCCCACGAGAUGUCAUCUGCUGAAACAGCACUGCAGAGACGACAGUCCCAACAUGGUGGCCGUCAAACACCGGGGACAGUGUAAAGAGAAGCAGCCAUGCUGGAGUGACCAGGGACUAGGCCAGGGAACGGCCGCUGGUCUCCGAGGUAACGUCACGGAAGGGUUCACGCCCCGAUGUCUAGCGGACGGCCGCUACGCCCCUGUACAGUGUCACGCUCGUACAGGCUACUGCUGGUGUGUUACGGCCCAGGGGGAGCCGAUACCCAACACUUCAGUCCGUCACGCCAAACCUCGCUGCAACAGGAAGGGGAAAAUGAGAAGAGGAUCAUUCCCAAGAGAAAAUAAACAUAAAAAAGAUUGCUCCAGAAUUGACAGAUCAACAUUUGUCAGCAACUUGGUAAAAAUCUUCCGUAACGAAUAUAACCGUCAACCACACAUGGUUGUCAACAAGUCUGAAGACGUUUCUGAGACGGAUCGUCGUGUGCUGGAGUGGAAGUUCAACUCUCUAGACGUUAACGGAGAUCUCAUCCUGAGUCGGAAUGAAUACUGGGGACUGCGAGAGCUUGUGAGACAGGUUGUCAAACCUAAAAGAUGCGCACGUGCCUUCUCCCGCAACUGUGAUCUCAACAGGGAUACCAACAUUGCUAAACCAGAGUGGAUGACAUGUCUAGGUCUUGAUAUGAAUCUCUCUUUUCGCUUGUUUCUGUCGCUGAGCUCAGCAGGGGAGGAGGAGGAAGAACUUGAUGUCUCAGUCGACUCUCAUUUUGGAGUGUUGCAGGAAAGUGUUGUUUCUUUGACUGGACAACUGCCUUACGGGGAGGAUGCGGUGGACCGGAAAGAGGAAACGGAAGUGAGUAGUGACUGCUUGACAGAUCGUCAGGCUGUUCUCGACGAGAUGAAGACCAACAACAAUGAGAUGUAUAUUCCAGAGUGCACAACAGACGGAAGAUAUCAGAAGGUGCAAUGCUACAAAUCUACCGGAUAUUGUUGGUGUGUCAAUGAAGACUCUGGUACCACAAUACCCGGCACAUCUGUCAAGGACAACCACCCUAAAUGUGACUCUGUACAACCUGUGUCUCGACCCAUGAAAGGGUGUCCUGAACAUCGAAAACAAGCUUUUCUCAAAGGGUUGCUUGAAUUCCUUACACACACAAUGGCCACUCAAAAGUCAAGUAACAUCACAAUAAAGGAUGUAUUGGAUAUGUCACAAGAAGAACAAAUCGCUUCAUGGAACUUUAAUGCUCUGGAUACAAAUAAAAAUAAGGUUCUGGAGAAGAAUGAGUGGAAGGCGUUCAGGUCAAUGAUCUCGUCUCACAGGAAGCUGCGGAGAUGUGGGAAGAAGUUGCCGAGAUAUUGUGAUGUCAACCAUGACCGCAAGAUCAGCCUUACAGAGUGGCUGAACUGCCUGAACGCUCAAAGACCAGUGGCAGAUUCUAGUGUGAUACCUACACCAAACCCAAGAAGAAAAGGACCAAACCCAUUGGAAUCUUAUCUCAAAGGAGAUGACUAGCUUUAGAAAGGAUUGUGCAUUUAAAAUAAGUGUAUGAGGCAAUUUUAAAUACUUAGUAUAUUGUCCAAAAGGAGAAAGUAUCUACCAUCAUAGACAUAGUAAAACCUACCAGUGUGUCCAAAAUUUUAAAACUUUGUUAUAAUUCACUUAAGGUUAAAAAAGCAAUUAAUUAAUUAUUCUACUCCUAUUGGUUACCAAGAUUUUCAGAGUGUUAAUAUUCAUAGUGCAUUGCCUCCCAUGCCACCCUUAAAUAGAGAAUAAUGUAGAUUAACUGUUCAGAGGCAGAUCUUAUCUAUAUUUUUUAAACAUAUUUAUUUGAUGGUAGGCCAUUUAAACUUAGCUGAAAAACAACUUUGAGUGUUCCUCGCAGUGUAAACAUCAAGCAUAAUGUUGUCACAUUUAGGCUAAGUGCAUGUUUGCUGCAAUGAGGGAAUUUUUAAGUUUGCAGUGAAAUGUAUUCAAUUCAUGAACUGUACAUAGAAACUUAAACUAAUAAUAAAUAGUUAAUUUUCAGGAGAGGAAAACUAUUUAUGUUGUAGUAAUAAAAUUACACUUAACCAGCUUUUGGAUUUGAUCUAUAACAAAUAAACCCCCAUAUUUUUACUUUCUCUAAUUAAUCUUAAAAUUUUCUCUUAUAGCAGUUAAUUGAUGGUAUUCCUCUAUUAAUCUUUCUUUUAAAAUAAUUAUUAUUGUUAAUGUUAGAUAAUAUAAAUGAUUUUUGAAGUUUAAGAUUGUCUGAAUCUUAGUUUUCUAACACAAACUAAUCUAAUUUGUUACGUCUUUAUGACUGAAAUUUAAAGUUUUCCUAAUAACAAAGCCUAAUGCAUAAAGGUGUUGCAAAUUGGAAUGAUCAAGAUUUAGAAUGUUAAUUAAAUAUUGUUUAGCUUUGUGUUCCCAUUCAAAGUCUAAUUAGUAAUUACUUUUACUAAUUAUCUUGUAAUGCCUCAAUCAAAAGCACUUUACUCAGAUUUACUGUAUGUACAACUUACCAGUGAGUAAUUAGAAAUAUGUAGAUACUUGUUAAAAUAGAAAUGUUAGUAUUGUAAAUUUAGAUAGUACGUAAGGAUUUUUUAGUUUUGGUUUGCACUGUAGUAGUAUAGUUAACAGCUUGUGAUUAUUUUAUAUUUUAGGUAAAUGUAAAAAAUGUAGAAAAAUAAGAGACUGUUUGAAAGUUUGUGAAUAAAUCAAAGUUAUUUUAAGUGUUGUUUUACUGCUUAAAUCGUUGUUAUCAUAAAAGUAUGCUUUAAUAAUUGUUUUGUCAUAAUUUUGUGUACUAUAGUUGGUAAGUUCUUUGAUAAAAUAAACACAGUUUAUAUAUUGGA